AGAUGAGUAAAAAGUCUAAAACGAAGUUGGCAAAACGUCGACGCACGGAGAAGAAAUACAUGAAGAAGCUUCGAGAAAAGCAGAAGAAAAAAAAGCCAAGGCGGUGAAGAACGUCGAGGAAGAGGAAGAAUCACCCAAGAAGAAACUAAAAGACAAGAAGCUCAAAAAGAAACAGAAACUGAAAAAGACCCAAAAGAAAAAGAAGAAAGCUAAAUCCAGCAGCUCGUCCAGCAGUUCCAGCUCCGACUCCGACAACAGAAAGAAAAAGAAGAAGAAGAAGAAACGGAAAGAAGAUGCCUUCGACGUCAACAUUCUCAACAAUAUAAAAACAGAGAAGUUGACAGACGAUGAGAAAUGCCAGAAGAUGAUAGAAGAUUUCUCGCCGAGAAGACAGCAGGAGAAGAGACCGGAGAUUAUUAAUGUGAAAGAGCUGGGAGUGCAGAUUAAACAGGAGGUGGAGGAGGAGGAAUUGAGAGAGGAGACUAUGGAUUUUGAUAUUAGUAAUAAUGAUGAGUUUAUGGAUACGAGUAAUGUGGAGAAGAAUGAGUUCAAGGAGCCCCAAGAUCGCCUAACACCACAAAGGCCGGAAGACAACUCCCAAUGCUCCUCGCAAGAGUCGCAAUGCAGCGAAAAGCCUCCUUCCUACGAGAAAGACGAGAGCCACCUCCGGCCCUCCUCACAAAACUCUAACUACAGCUUCAAUGACGUCAUAGCGAGUCAGACUGGAAUGUAUAAUAAGGGGAUGGAGGCAUCAGGAGGGAUUUAUAACAAGGGGAUGGAGGCCGAUGAGAAUGAGUAUGAACCGGAGAAUUAUGAGGUGUAUGAGCAGUUGGCGAUGGCGUAUCAGAGCGAUGUCGCUAGUAAUCAAGUUCCUCUGCCUAGUGAAGAAGGUACACAGCGAAUCGAAACUGUGGUGCGGCGGCGCCUCGGCGAGAUCAAGUGCGACUGGCGCGCCGGCGCCGCGCCUCCGCCCGGCGCCAGUGCCGCCACCAGCCGGCCCAGUCGCUGGGGUUUAAAACCAGGUGAAGUGAACAUCGUACUUACAGGCGGCUCGGACUUCACUCCCGAACCUGUUUACCGGAUCGACACAAUCACCAGUCGGAACGACAACAGCUCAGGCAGUUACGAUGAAGCGUACAUGGACACAUACGGCGCCAUGGACCGACUGCAGUACGGCGACUGCUUCUCGUCCGAUCUGCAGUCGCAGUCGCAACUGCAGUCGCAACCGCAGGCGCAGAACAGAAGAGAGGACAAGCGCGGGACGUUGGACGAUAGGAUCGAUCAGGCGUUGAGGCACACUGUUUUAGGCGAAAUAGCAAUGGAGCCAGAAAAUAAAGAUUCGGACGCGGACAAGGAUAAAGAGAAAGGAAUAUUGAUCACGUCUGGCGGUGGACGUAGUCUGAAGCGCGUGAGUUUUGCGGACGGGUACAAGCCGGGACAGGACUCUGAUACAGAGGAACCGCCCGCCAAAAAGCGCGGCCGGGCGCGGCGCACGGGCUGCGCGUGGCCGUGCCCCGCGUCGCACCCGGACCACGUGCCGCUGUGGGACGCGCUGCCCCCGCCGCCGCCGCCCCCGGCUCCCCGCCGCCGCCCGCGCGCGCCGCGCCGCCGCUGCACCUGCUGCGCCCGCCGCCGCACCCGCACCCGCUGGCCCUGAGGCCGCCGCACCCGACACACAAGUUCGACCCCAACGUGCCAAUGCCCGCGUUCAUGCCACCGGAACCGCCGCCCGGACUCAUCUCGUUCCAGUAGGCGCCCAAUAAUACUGUUACAAAUCACAACUUGACAAAACUGUUGAAUAAAACAUGUUCAACUUA